GCACAAUUGCGUCAUUGCGUUGCGAUCAGCUGCAAGGCGUAAUCAGGAGUAAUUUGCGUUUUUGGAAGACAAGGAGAUUCGACGACGAUGUUUCCCGCUUACGCACACUUGUCGGCCUACGACAGGCACAAGAAACUCGUGAACGACUAUCUGACAUUUUACGGAAAAUCCAUAUCGUCGUUCAAGCGAGACACGUCCCUGGACAAAACUGACUAUGAUGUCAUCAGAGAGAAUCACAAGUUUCUCUGGGAUCAGGAGAAGGAUAUCCCCGACACAUGGGGCGCAAAAUUAGCUAAGAAAUACUACGACAAGUUGUUCAAGGAAUAUUGCAUAUGCGAUCUUACAUAUUAUAAACACAACAAGGUUGCCUUGAGAUGGAGAACCGAGAAGGAAGUAAUAGUUGGGAAAGGACAGUUUGAAUGUGGCAGUAAAACGUGCAAAGAAAAGGAAGGCCUGCGUUCUUGGGAGCUUAAUUUUGGCUACGUAGAACAUGGCGAAAAGAAGAACGCGCUAGUAAAAUUAAGACUUUGCCCAGAAUGUUCGGUAAAACUUAAUUACCGAUCGCAAAAGCGAGAAGUAAAAAGGGGAAAAGCUUUGAAGCGUUUGGACACGAGUUCCGAAAAUAGCAACGAUGUGCCUACUGUUUCCGGUAAUCCAGAAUCAAAUAAUAAAACAGAGACGGAUUCCAGGGCUGAAGUACAAAGCAGUGAGAAUACCGACAAUGAGUCAAAUAUCUGGAAAGAGAAACCAGCUGAAGAUGUGGAAAAGACGAGAGAGAAAGAAUUUGAGGAUUACUUAGCUGAUUUGUUUAUGUGAAUACUAUUUUUAAUUAAAAUUUAUUUUCUUAUUAUUACUUGAUUGUAAAUAAAUAUCGUAUAAAAUUGUUUCAUUUAAAUUUCUUAUUUAAUUUUUUGUAAGGAUGUUAUUAUACGUAUCAGUAUCGUUAAGAUUUUUAUAAUAAACUAUUUCAUACAUGAAAGAUGUUUUUCAGUGACAUAUGUGCGAUACCUUUUUGGUUUAAAAAAUUUAAAAAAUGAAAGAAAUGUAUUUAUCAUAAUUCAGUCAAAAUAAAAUUAUUAUUAUAUAAUUAACUAAACUUUAAUAUUAGGAAAUGUUUAAUUUAUGCAAAAUAGUACAAAAAAUUCUAAGAACCCCUCAAUGUAAAAUUGUAUUUUAAUUUUGUAUUUAGAGCAUACGUAUCGUCUAGAUUUAUUACCUUUCAUUUCUUUAUAGAGACCGCACUUAAUGUAUAUGAAAGAAAAGAAAAGAUAAAAUUGGAGUUUUGGGUU